AUGUGCGUGAUCGGAUUUUAUAAAAAUCAAUUCAAUUAUUGGAAGAAUAAAAAUGUCAAAAUGACAAAUCCGUGGUUUCCAAUGGGUGACAUUUUCCAAGCUGGAUUUUAUAAAAAUUUCGGAAUCGUAUUGAAAGAAAUUUACGAUAAAUUUCCUGGAGAAAGAUUAAACGGUUGUUGGUUUUUUUAUCGUCCCUUUUUAAUGAUACGAGAUCCAGAAUUGAUAAAAAUAAUUUUCGUUAAAGAUUUUGAAUAUUUUAAAGAACGAGGAGUUUAUUUGAAUAAAAAAAUUGAUCCGUUGGGAGCAAAUCUUUUUUUUUUAAAAGGAAAAAAAUGGAGAAAUUAUAGAACGAAAUUAACGUGUAAUUUUAGCACGGGUAAAAUGAAAAAAAUGUAUCAAAUCAUGUUGGAAAAAAGUUUAGAGCUGAGGGAAAAUCUUGAAAAAUUUUCCGACUGUGGACAAACAAUUAAUGUUAAAUAUUUUGCCGAAAGAUAUACAAAUGAUGUUGCAUCUUGUUGUCUUUUGGGUUUUCAAGGAAAAUGUAUUCAAGAUCCAAAUUCAAUUUUACCAAUAAUGGGUAAUAAAAUAUUCGAACCCAGUUGGAAAACUCUUAUAAAAAACUCAAUAAGUUUUCUAGUACCCGACAUCGGUAUUAUAUUCCGAGUUAGAGUUACUCCCGAUGACGUAACUUCAUAUUUUACCCAAACUCUUGAAAAUGUUAUUAAAAUGAGAGAAAAUGAAAAUAAUAAUAAUGAUAAUAAAGGAUACAAUGACGUAAUACAAAUGUUUAUCAAUUGGAAAAACGAAAAUCAUUUGUUUUCUAACGAUAAUGAUUUUUCUUUUACCAUUGAGGAUGCAAUCGCUCAAGCUUUUAUAUUUUGGGUGGGAGCUUUCGAAUUUACUUCUUUAACGAUACAAUUUGCCUUAUAUGAGCUUUCGAUAAAUACUCAAAUACAAGACAAAGCAAGGAAAGAAAUUAAUGAAAUUUGCGAGAAAUUCGAUGGCAUAUUAACGUACGAAGCUUUAUCUCAUUUAGAAUAUUUAACACGUGUUGUCAACGAAACCUUAAGAAAAUAUCCACCGGUUCCACUUUUGUUAAGAAAAUGCGUGAAAGAAUACCGAGUACCUGAUUCGAAUGUCGUCAUAGAAAAAGGAACACCGAUAAUAAUAUCCGUUUUGGGAUUACACAUGGAUCCAAAAUAUUAUCCGGAACCGGAAAAAUUCGAUCCUGAAAGAUUUACCGAUGAGGAAAAAAUAAAAAGACAUAAAUAUACAUAUUUACCUUUUGGAGAAGGCCUUCAUCAAUGUUUGGGUUUAAGAUUUUCAUUGAUUCAAAUUAAAAUUUGUUUAGCUAAUUUAUUAACCAAAUAUAAAUUUGAUGUUGCUUCUCAAACGCCGAAAAAAUUAAAAUUUUGUCCGAAAUUAAUUCUUUACACGGUUGAAAAUGGAAUUCCUUUGAGGAUAAAAAAAUUACAAGAUCAUCAACGUACCUAG